UUAAACCCCCAAAAUCACAUUUCACACGAAAAACCUCGAGUGAGUGAAGGAAGUGAGAACAAUGGCAGCUAUGAAGCUUCUACUCUCUCAAUCUCGCCGCCAAGGUCUAACAAAACCCUUUUCGUCUCCAUUUCAACAAAUCCCAAGACUCUUCUCUUCCUCUCCACCAUCCGAUUCAAAUCCUUCACCCGAUUCGAACGAAUCUCGCAAGAAGCCUGUUACAAUCGAGCCAGUAUCGUACGCCGCCAAACCCAAAACUCAGAAAUCUGAACCAGCCAAUGUUGAAUCCACGGAGAAUCCUCAUCCCUCUGAAUCAGCGAACCAGGGAGAUCGCUCGAGCUGGACAAGAGAAGAAAUCAGAUAUGUGAAAGACUCUCCUUCGAUCAAUCCGGUUUCUUACGCUCAGCGCGUGGCUCCGCUUCCUGAGGAUCGUGUCGCGGGUGAGGAUGAAGGAGAGAGAACUCCGGAGGAGAUGGAGAGGGAGAGGAGAAGGAUUGAAUUAGAGAACCGAGCUAGAAGAAGGUUCUUAAGAGCUAAUGCUGUGGAAGAGGAUACUUCUUCACUUCCUUUGCCGACUUUGCUUAAACCAGAGUUGAAGCAUGGAAAGAAACCUAUUUUCGAUCUCAUGGAGGCCAUUCGAGAGAUUAAGGCCAGUGCCAAGGCGAAAUUUGAUGAAACUCUUGAGGCUCACGUGAGGUUGGGCAUUGAAAAAGGCAGAUCUGAGCUGAUAGUUCGUGGUACUUUGGCCCUACCCCACUCUGUUAAGAAGGAUGUGAAAGUGGCUUUCUUUGCUGAGGGAGCUGAUGCAGAGGAUGCAAAAGCUGCAGGAGCUGAUGUCGUUGGUGGCCUUGAGCUUAUUGAAGAAAUCUUGAAAAGCGGCAAGAUUGACUUUGAUAGAUGUCUUGCAACUCCUAAAAUGAUGCCCCGUGUUUACAAGAUAUCAAGGAUUCUUAACAAUCAUGGUUUGAUGCCAAACCCCAAACAAGGUAGUGUGACCAAGGAUGUUACUAAAGCAGUCAAAGACGCAAAAGCUGGACAUACCAAAUUUAGAAUGGAUAAAACUUCUAUUCUUCAUGUGCCACUUGGAAAGAUGAGCUUUCCUGAAGAGGCUUUACGAGAGAAUGUUGGAGCGUUUAUGAACGCCCUUUUGCUAGCAAAACCAGCCGGAUUGAAAAAGACUUCAAAAUAUGCUGGUUAUGUGAAUGCAUUCCACUUAUGCAGUACGAUGGGAAAGGGUUAUCCGGUAUCGAUACAGUCGUUGUCUAGAGCAGCGGAUCUCCAUACCAAAUUGCAGCUCAAGUGAGAGACUCCAAAAGAUAAAUCUUAACUAUCAGGGAAAAGUUUUAUAAGUGUUUCCAAAUGCUGAAUCUUUGAAACAUUAUGAUUUGUUGUUUCUUAGGUUAGUUUAUUGCUCAAUUGAUCGAAUUAGCUUGUCUUUUUAUAUACUCUUUUGUUCUUGUUGUCUGAGAACAUAUCAUCCACUUCCCUUAAAAAAAAGGCCAUUCGACUGAAUAAGAAGACAUCACAAAUUUUGUCCUUG